AUGGAAAACGACCAGGGUGUCCUCGUUGAUCUCUAUGUUCCCCGCAAGUGUGCGGCUACCAACCGCCUUAUCACAUCGAAGGACCAUGCGUCGGUCCAGAUCAACGUUGCCGAUGUUGAUUCUAAUGGCAGAGCCCUUAACACCUACACGUCGUUUGCUCUGUGCGGUCAGGUUCGGUCGCAGGGUGAGAGUGAUGACUCAAUAAACCGACUGGCUACCAAGGCUGGAUUGCUGCGUAAUGUCUGGUCAUACCAAAAGUAA